CAGUAUGACAUGCAGAUGAGUGCCGUCGAUCUUAGAAUCACCGCACACUUCACUCAUUUGGGCAGUCACGGGGCCAAAACCAGAGUGUGGAGCCACAGUGUGGCGGUGGAGCCAGCAGCAAUGGGAGGCCAUACAGCAACCUAUGACAAAAUGGAAACCAGCAGGAGUGUGAGGAGACCUGAAAGUGGCACAUGGCAGAGUGUGGCGAUGGAGACAGCAGCAAUGGGAGGCCGUACAGGGACCCAUGAGAGACUCUGGACCUGCAGCAGCAGCAUGAGGAGGCGGGGUAUAUAGGGGCCCAUGGCAGAUUAGGGGCCUGGCAGCAGCUAUGGGAGGCCCGUAAUCUGCCAGCACCCUAUGUCAAAAAAUUCAACACACACCAGCAGUGUGAGGAGACCUGAAAGUGGCACAU